UAUACAUAGUAGUAACCACCCAAGUUCAUGAAUCAAACCAUAGGGUCCGGGUCCGACCACUAUAUAAACCCCUUUCCCCCAUAACUCUCUCUACUCCUCACCAAUAGAUACACCUCCCACUCUAAUCUAUCCUCAUCUCAAUUUUUUUUUUUUUUUAAAAUGCCAAAUAGUUCAGUAACAGAAAUUUCAAAAUGCAUAGUGCAUCCGGAGAAAAAGUCCACCGUCCCCGAUCUCCGUCUCUCCGUCUCCGAUCUCCCUAUGCUCUCAUGUCAUUACAUUCAAAAAGGCGUCCUCCUCACUAGCCCUCCUUCUUCCUUUUCUUUCGAAGACCUUGUCUCCUCUCUCCGCCGUUCUCUCUCCUCCACUCUAUCAAUUUUCCCCGCUCUAGCCGGUCGUUUCUCCACCAGUCCCGCCGGUCACAUUUACAUCGUCUGUAACGACGCCGGCGUUGAUUUCGUCGCCGCUUCCGCCAAACGCGUCAGAGUCUCUGACCUUCUCGUCCCAGGUAAAGACGUUCCUCUCCUAUUCCGUGAGUUUUUCGUCUUCGAGCGUCUCGUUAGUUACAACGGCCACCACAAGCCUCUCGCCGCUGUCCAAGUGACGGAGCUCGAAGACGGUGUUUUCAUCGGAUGCACCGUGAAUCACUCCGUUACCGACGGAACCUCCUUUUGGCAUUUCUUCAACACCUUCGCUGAUGUCACCAGCGGCGCUUGUAAGAUCAAACACCUUCCCGAUUUCUCCCGUCACACCGUCUUCGACUCUCCGGCUGUUUUACGAGUCCCUCCCGGUGGUCCGCGUGUCACUUUCGACGCCGAUCAGCCUCUCCGGGAGAGGAUUUUUCAUUUCAGCAGAGACGCCAUUUCCAAACUCAAACAGAGGAGCAACUACAGAGUUAACGGAAUCGAAACCAACGACGGAAAGAAAUGUAACGGUAACAAAGAUAUUAACGGAAAUAUAACAACCGUUCUGGAGAGUAUUUUGAAAUCGGAUGCGAAUAAGAAGAAUCAUGAUCGAACGGCUGAGAUUUCGUCGUUUCAAUCUCUCAGCGCUCAGCUAUGGCGAUCCGUUACAAGAGCUAGGAACCUCGAUCCGAGCAAGACGACGACGUUUCGAAUGGCGGUUAAUUGCCGGCACAGGCUUGAGCCUAAGAUGGAUCCUUACUACUUCGGAAACGCGAUACAGAGCAUACCGACGUUGGCGUCCGCGGGAGAUCUGCUGAGCAAAGAUCUCCGGUGGUCCGCCGAACAAUUACACAGAAACGUGGUGGCGCACGACGACGCGACGGUACGCCGUGGAAUCGCUGCUUGGGAAAGCGAUCCGAGGCUGUUCCCUCUGGGGAAUCCGGACGGAGCUUCGAUUACGAUGGGGAGCUCGCCGAGAUUCCCGAUGUACGACAACGAUUUCGGAUGGGGAAAGCCACUAGCGGUGAGGAGCGGAGGAGCGAACAAAUUCGACGGGAAAAUCUCGGCGUUUCCCGGCAGAGAAGGGAACGGAAGCGUAGAUCUGGAAGUGGUUUUGGCGCCGGAGACUAUGGCUGGGAUUGAGAAGGAUGCUGAGUUUAUGCAAUACGUAUCAGAAGUCACUUACGAGUGUUGAAAGCGACGCCGUUUUUGGCUUGGUCUUCUUCUUCUGAUGAUACAAAAGAAAAAUAAAAUAUCUAAAAGCUGAUGAUAGAGGAACUUGAUGAUGGCAUGGCACUUUGAACGGUUGAGAUUUAUCCACCAAUAUUAGAUAUAUCUUGAUCUAAGAGCUGUGAAGCGACGGCGUCUUAUGAGUCAUAAUACUUUUUACUGGUCUUUUGUUGUUUCUUCUCCACUGGGCACGUUCUUAAUGUGACCCUUAUUGUUAAUGUACAAAAUCCCGUCUUUUUCAUUCCGAUAAUGGAGCUCUUUUUCUUCUAAAUUAAAUUAAACAAUCUUGUAGAGUAA